UAUUAUAUCAUUUUAUGAAACUCUCAAAUUAAAUAAGAGGGUUUAAAAGCAAAACCAAUAGACAAUAUCUAUAUAUGUGAAUAAUUAUAAGUCUGACUCAAAUCAAAAGCUAGUGUGCAGAAUCAUUGAAGAGAAAGAAGAAAAUUGAAGGAUGAAGGGUAAAGUGUUGAUCAAUUUUGCACUAACAAUUUGCUUCUUCUUCUGUUGUAGCUCAGGCAGAGUGAUUGAAUCUCCACACUAUAAAGUGAUUCAUGUAGAAUCAGAUUUUGAAAUCAGACAGUACAAACAAAUUUCAUGGAUGUCUGCUCUUGUUCAAGGAACAGCCUCCUUUGAAAAAUCCACUGAACAAGGCUUCCAUAGGUUGUACCAAUACAUGCAUGGUGCUAACAGCAAUUCCUAUCACUUUCUAUUUACUUCUCCUGUCACAACCACCAUUAUGACAUUGACACGUGAACCCGAGCGUUUGGUUAGGUAUUAUCUGCCCAUUAUGAACGCUGAAAACCCGCCGCUGCCGAAUUCUGAACUGAAUGUUCAUUUUGAGAAAUGGAGAAACAAUUGCUUGGCAGUCAGGAGGUUUCCUGGAUUUGCUAAAGAUGAUAAUAUCAACAAAGAAAUUGAUGCUUUAAAGAGCAGCUUGAGCAAGUACCUACCUGAAAGUGCAGCUGUUUCAGAAUACACCAUUGCACAGUACAAUUCUUCACGUCGCUUGUUGGGGCGUUUGAACGAAGUCUGGCUCGACGUUUCGGGUUUUACUACUGAAGGAUGUCAACCCCUGUAAGAAGUUGCUUGAGUUGGCUUGCAGGCUGUGUGGAUUGUAUUAUAUAGCUCAAUAAAAUGUAAUGCCUUUCUGGGGUUAGAAAACUAAAUAAUGCCUUUUGAUUUGGAAAAACUAAAUAAGAAACCAUAUUAUAAGCACUGUUCUCGAAGUUCUUUUGCCAAUAUCUUUAGAGUUUAAACA